AUGAAGCUGUCGACUCUCCUCGUCGGUCUCAUCACCGUCGGCAGAGUCGCAGUUACUACUGCGGUUCCUUCUCCCAAUUAUCUCGAAAGUGCUGAUCUCGUCAAGGCUGACACGACCGUCAAUGAACCUGUCACCGACCUCAGCAGUGUCAAUGCACUUGAUAAGACCGAAGAGUAUACGAAUCUCAAUGUACUCGAAGAAGUCAAUUCCAGCCCUUCUCUCGAAGACAUCGGCCUCGAUGACAUCGACGACAAUAACACCCCUCUCACCAACACCACACACUCGAUCGUCAACACCGCCGUCACCCUCGGUCCCAUAUGCAAGCCGCACAAGCCUCGAUGCGAGUCGCUCUAUCGGUCAUGCCGCUCAUGGUGCCAGUUCAACUGCUGGGGCACCUGA